AAACGCAAGUUUUUUAUAUAUUUCAAAUUGUGAUUAUACAUGAAGGAAAUGGCCUUAUUUAUAGUAAUCCUAGAGGCCUUAGAUGCAACUGUAAAAUGCUGAAAAUUAAUGUAAAUGCAAGAAAUAAAAUGUCAACAUAAGUGGCUAGAUGGUUGUGUGUGAACCAUGGUGGCUUCAAUGAGGUAAGGGAUGAUGCAAUUUAGUAGAGGCUAUGAAUACUAGGGGUGGUGCAAUUACUAGGCUGUUUGAAUUUCUUGAUCUGUAUCAAUAAUAAGGAAAACAGGUGAAUGGUGUCUGUCACCAACUAUGAUAGAUGUUGUUAUUAUUAUUAUGGUACUAUCUAUAUAUAAUGUAUGUAUAUACUAAGUAGACCAUGAUUGGCUAGUGAUAGUGUUGAUGAGACGACUUUGAGAUAUAAGAAGGACUUGUAAAUCAAAUAGAGUUUUGCCUCAUCAUUUCAAUUGAAUAAUUCUUCUUCUUCAUGUCCAAUUUCAGAUUCACAGAUCAUUGUUUAAUACUUUUUUCUUGGUGUCACUAUUACUUUUUUUGUUCAACAUAUAAAACAAACAGCUACCACCUAUCGUUGUUUGAGUUUAUUGGUGUCACUUCUAAUGAUAUGACAUAUUCAAUUGUCUAAUUUAUGAGAUCCAAAUCCUUUCAUUCCCCCUCCUUGCACAAUUUGUGUAUAUCUCUCUUUAAACUUUAGAGAGAACAUCAAAAGAGAGAGAGAAAAGAUAAAGAAAGAAGAUCAAGAGAGAAAUAAACACAUGUUUAUGGAAAGAAGGAGAAUGAGAGAGUGGUUCGAAAGAGAGGGUCCAAAGAGAUUUUUUCUAUUCAAAGAAAUUUUUGCCUCAUCAUUUCAGUUUAGCUUAAAUCUUCGAUUUCUUGUGCAAUUUCAGAUUCACUAUUGAUCACGUUGACCUACUUUUCAUAAUCAAAUUCAUCGAUGUCUUCCUUCAUUUCUACCUUGUUUAGAAAACUCAAAUCUAGGAGGAAGAGGUACCAUGUGUACUUGAGUUUCUGCGACGAAGACUCGCAUUCUUUUGCUACGGGUAUAUAUACGGCUCUUACUUCAAAUCGCAUUCUUAAUCUAAAUCUUCAUUCAGAUCAUCGGGUUUAUGUUUUCUGGGACAAUAAUUGGUUAGGAAGUGAAUAUCAGACAUUAGAACCCUCUGAUUCAGUUCUGAAUGCAAUUGAAGAGUGUGAAAUGGCAGUAAUCGUAUAUUCAAAGAAAUAUACUGAAUCAAGCUGGUGUCUUCAGGAAUUGGAGAAAAUAACUGAGUGUCGCCGAAGAACCACAGAUGGUCUCAUUGUUCUGCCUGUGUUCUAUGACGGUGUCUAUUCAUCCUACAAAAGAUUGUGGGUCCGAAGAGAUAUGUACGGAGAGGGUUUUCAUAAUUUCAUGGAUAGAAUCUCCAUGGAGAAGAAAACCUCUUCGGAAGAUGAAGACAAGUUCAUGGCAUGGGUAGCAGCAAUCAGUAAUGAAGCUUCCAUACAUGAUGGAUCUGAUUAUUUAGGAGACUGGCAUAAGAAUGAAACGGAUCAUAUUGAGAAUGUAGUUGAAUGUAUUACUCAUGUGCUAAACAAGAGGAAAGACUUCUUCAAAAAUAACUAUAGAGGGAGCAUAAAUUCUCGUGCCCAAGAUGUGAUUCAACUAUUAAAACAAUCGAAAUCCCCUCUCCUACUCGGGAUAUGGGGGAUGGCAGGGGUUGGUAAAUCAGCUAUUGCUAAAGCCAUUUAUGAUCAAAUUGGUCCCUAUUUUGAGGAUACAUGCUUUCUAGAAUAUGUCCAGGGAACAUCAGAUGAAAAUUCUACUCUAGUUUCUUUACAAGAGAAACUUCUUUUUGAACUCGACACAGCAACUAAAAUAGAUGUAUCUACAAUGCAAUCUGGAGAAGAGAUUUUAAAAGAAAGACUUCAACAUAAAAAGGUACUUUUUAUACUUGGUGUUGAUAAAUUGGAGCAGCUAAAUGCCUUGUGCGGAAGUCGUGAAUGGUUUGGUGAAGGUAGCAAAAUAAUCAUCAUGACAAGAGAUAGACAACUACUCAAGGAGUAUGUUGUUGACCAUAUCUAUAGAGUGAAAGAACUGGACGAAAGUGAAUCACUUGUGCUUUUUAAUUGGAGUGCCUUCAGGCAAGCAACUUCUUACGAAGGUUUUGCUGAACUUUCAAAACAGAUAGUUGCUUAUUGUGGGGGAUUGCCUCUUGCUCUUCAAUCCCUUGGGGAGUAUUUGCAUGGAAGGGAAGUACUUGAGUGGAAAGGUGUUUUGAGUAGUCUUGAAAGAUUUUCUUUUCCAAAUCAAAACAUACUACAUGCUCUAGGAAGGAGUUUGGAUGAUUUGAGUGAUGAAGAGAAACAAAUAUUCUUUGAUAUAGCGUUUUUCUCUAAUGGGAUGGACAAAAAUUUUGUGCUCCAAUCAUUAAAUAGCUCAACACAAUACACAACUCUUCAAAUAAGUCUCCUUGAAGACAAGAGCUUUGUAACAAUAGAUGACAAAAACAAAAUUCAAAUGUCUGUAGUUCUACAAGCCAUGGCAAGAGAUAUCAUUAAGAUGGAAUCACAUAAUAAUUCUGAUCAGCCAAAGAUGUACGAUGUGUUCUUGAGUUUCAGAGGAGACGACAGUCGUGCAAAAUUCAUUUCACAUCUGCAUUCUUCUCUUCAAAAUGCAGCGAUUCAUGUCUUCCAAGACGAUGACGAGAUUCAACGAGGAGAUCAAAUAUCGAUAUCGCUGUUCCGAGCAAUUGAACAGUCUAGAAUUUCUAUCGUUGUUUUGUCUACAAGCUAUGCUAAUUCAAGAUGGUGUAUGCUAGAGUUGGAGAAGAUCAUGGAAAUUUGUAGAAACAAGGGUCUAGUUGUUGUGCCAGUGUUCUAUGAUGUGGACCCCUCAGAAGUGCGUCAUCAAAAAGGUCAGUUUGGGAAAGGUUUUGACGAUCUUAUAUCAAAAAUCUCAGUGGAUGAAUCAACAAAGAGUAAUUGGAGAAGAGACCUCAUUGAUAUUGGUGGCACAGCUGGGUUUGUCCUCAUAGAUUCCAGGAAUGAAAGUUCAGAAAUAAAGAAUAUUGUUGAACAUGUCAUCCGUUUGUUAGAUAGGACAGAGUUAUUUGUUGCUGAACAUCCGGUGGGUGUAGAAUCUCGUGUGGAAGCUGCGACUAAGCUCCUUAACAUCCAAAAAUCAGAAGAUGUGUUUAUGCUAGGGAUAUGGGGAAUGGGGGGUACGGGUAAAACAACCAUUGCCAAAGCCAUUUACAAUGAAAUUGGGAGCAAAUUUGAGGGAAGGAGCUUCCUUAUGGAUAUAAGGGAAUUUUGGGAGACACAUACUAAUCAAGUUUCACUACAGCAACAAGUACUCUGUGAUGUUUACAAAACAACAAAAUUCAAGAUACGUGACAUAGAAUCAGGGAAAAACAUAUUGAAGCAAAGACUUGCCCAGAAUAGGGUACUUCUUGUGCUUGAUGAUGUGAAUGAAUUGGACCAACUAAAAGCUUUGUGUGGAAGCCGUGAAUGGUUUGGUCCAGGGAGUAGAAUAAUCAUCACAACAAGAAAUAUGGAUCUUCUUACAUUAUGUAAGGUUGAUCAAGUGUAUGCAAUAAAAGAAAUGAACGAAAGUGAAUCUCUUGAGCUUUUCAGUUGGCAUGCAUUCAAGCAACCAAGGCCAACAGAAAUUUUUGCUACACAUUCAAAAGAUGUGAUUGCUUAUUCUGGGAGAUUACCACUAGCACUUGAAGUCCUCGGGUCCUAUUUGUCGGCCUGUGAAAUAACAGAGUGGCAUAAAGUUUUGGAGAAGCUCAAGUGUAUUCCCCAUGAUCAAGUAUAUAAAAAGCUAAAAGUAAGCUUCGAUGGUUUAAAGUAUGUUACGGAGAAACAAAUAUUCCUUGAUAUAGCCUGUUUCUUUAUUGGAAUGGACCGAAAUGAUGUAAUUCAAAUAUUAAAUGGGUGUGGGUUUUUUGCUGAUUCUGGAAUGAAAGUCCUUUUAGAGCGAAGUCUUGUAACUGUUGACAAUGGGAACAAGCUUAGAAUGCAUGAUUUGUUGAGAGACAUGGGAAGACAAAUAAUUUAUGAGGAAUCACCACUGGAUCCUGAGAAUCGCAGUAGGUUGUGGCGUAGUGACGAAGUAAUUGAUAUGUUAUCUAAUGAUUUUAAUCUUAAGGGAGCAGGAGCUGUAAAGGGUCUGGCUUUGAAAUUUCCAAGAGAAAAUAUAGUUCACCUGAAUUCCAGUGCAUUUAAGAAUAUGUAUAAACUCAGAUUGCUUCAACUUGCUUGGGUGAAAUUUAAAGGAGAUUUUAAACAUCUUUCGAGAAAUCUUAGAUGGUUGUAUUGGCAUGGAUUUCCGUUAACUUACAUUCCUGCAGAAUUUCAGCAAGGAAGUCUAGUUGCCAUCGAAUUAAAAUAUAGUAAUCUCACUCUAAUGUGGAAGAAGAACAAGAUGCUAAGUAACUUAAAAAUUCUUAAUCUUAGUCAUUCUCAGGAUUUGACCGAAACUCCAGACUUUUCAUAUAUGCCUAAUCUUGAAAAGCUUGUACUCAAAGACUGUCCAAGUUUGUCUACAGUCUCCCAUAGCAUUGGAUCUCUACAUAAUCUUCUUCUGAUAGAUUUGACAGACUGCACGAGUCUUCAGAAACUUCCUAGAUGCAUAUAUAAAUUAAAAUCUCUAGAAACUUUGAUUCUUUCUGGAUGUUCCAUGAUUGACAAAUUGGAGGAGGACUUGGAACAGAUGGAAUCAUUGAUUACCUUGAUUGCGGAUAAGACUGCUAUAACAAAAGUGCCCUUUUCAAUAGUAAGAUUGAAAAGCAUUGGAUAUAUUUCUUUUCGUGGCUUUGAAGGAUUUUCACGUGAUGUAUUCCCUUCUCUCAUUCGGUCUUGGAUAUCGCCAUCAAAUAACAUAAUAUCCUUAGUUCAAACAUCUGUGUCCAUGUCAUCACUUGGCUCUUCCAAGGACCUUCAAAAACUUCGAAUUCUUUGUGUGGAGUGUGGUUCAGAUCUACAACUAACUCAAGAUAUAGCAAGAUUUUUGGAUGUAUUAAAAGCUGCAAAGUAUCCGAACAUGGAAGCAAGUGCAAGUUCAAGGUCAAAGAAUUACUUGAAAUAUCUUUUAAUUCAAAUCGGAACAAAAUGCCAAGUCUCAAAUGUUGCCGAAGAAUGUAUUUUACAGACUGAAGAUGAGACUUGGGAUUCAUUUUUGCUCCCCUGUGACAAUAAUUCUGAAUGGUCAAGCUUUAGUUGCAAAGGUUGUUCCAUAAUAUUUGAUAUCCCACCAAUGAAGGGGAGAAACCUAAAGAGUAUGAUGUUGUUCAUCGUCUAUUACUCUUUCCCGGAGAACAUAACAUCGGAAGGUUGCCAAGGUUUGUUGAUCAUAAAUUACACAAAGAGAACCAUUCAGGCCUAUAAAAGAGAAACUCUAACCUCUUUUGGUCAUGAGGAUUGGCAGACCAUAACGUCAAAUCUAGAACCUGGUAACAAUGUGCAGGUUAUGGUAAUUUUGGAGGAAGGUUUCAUUGUUGACAAGACUACGAUAUCUCUCUUAUAUGAUGAACCAGUCAACAAAAAAAUGGAACGCUGUGAUGUAGUAGAGGGGCAGGAUGUUACUGUUUCUGGAUAUGAUGAUGAUAAUGUUGGUGUUUCUGGUGGUGAUAAUGAAGCCAUCAAUCCCCAUGGAGAGGAAACUAUGAACCACAUGCAGAUUACCAGGCACGGUGAUGGGUUAUAUGUUGAUAUCGUGGGACGGAUACAGCCAGUACCAGAUGACCUUGAGCAGCCUGCGGAGGCAGUAACUGAGGAGAUUCAUGCAGCUGAAGAACAACGUGAUCAAGAGCACCCGGUUCCUCCACCUGAGGGUGAGCCUGAGCAGCAUGCAACAGUAGCAUCUGCGACCGUAGAACCUACUCUAGGAGCUCAAAUUCUGGAUGCCAUCAGAGCGCUCAGGGCUGAUUUCGUCAGACAAGAGCAGACUGUUACUAGUAGGUUGAAUGCAGUAGAGGUGAGAUUGGAGGAGCUUGCUGAUGUCAUAGCCCAGAUACCGCGUGACUUAGAAAGUUAGACAUAGGAUUCUAUUCUUAGGUUCCGUUUGAUGUUGCUCUUCCUUUUCUUGUUUUGUUUUUCUAUAAUGACCAGGGUUUUAGUAUUACACCCCAUGUCCUUUUAGUUGUACUUGAACUUUUUUUGUCUUAUGAUAUCAGUUGUUUAUGCA